CUGCUUUCGUGGGGCAGACUCCAAGAAGAUGUGCACCUGGACUUGCCCCCUGCUGCAAACUUGGCUCUGGGCUGAUGGGCAUCUGGGUCAUGGGAAAGAUCGUUGUCAGCACCUAUUUCUUUACUCUUUCUUUGUUUGAUUCUGAGUAUGAUCUUAGCAAGACAGAGACUUCCUUUAAUAAUAGGAUAGAAGGUCCUGAUCUAUUUUUGAUUACUAAUACCACAAGCUUUCCUGCUUCCCCUUUACAGCAGACAGAGCCUCUGAUGACAGGGACUCCAAGGUUGCAGAUUAUGUCUUCUCUUAUAGAUAAAGAAAUCAAAGAUUUAGCAAAGAAUUAUACUUAUAAGGAUAGUGAUACUUCUUCUAUUAGGGUGUUGGUAGAACUGUUGAGAAAUGAUUCCUUGAGCUUUGGGUCGGCUAUGAAUAUUUUACAGAGUAUAGAAACAGGUGGUGGCAACCAGGUACUUACAGGGGAUCAUAUGUGUAUCGACCAACGGAUGCUCCAUUACUAUAUACUGGAGAAUAUGAUUUGAAUUUUGAUAGGUGGGUUACUAAGAAUGGAUAUAGGGUCAGGUAUUUGUCACUGCCUUGGUCAGAAAGAUUGGCAAGAGCCCGUCCUCCUUGGUGUGUGCUCUCAGAAGAAGAGAAAUGGGAGGUAAGGUCACAGAUCAUCAGAUACUUUUAGACAGGGAUCAGACAUGCAAUAUUAUUGCCCCAAGCCUUAGAUGUGCAUCUACAGGACUAGCGAAGAUGGGAUCAAAGGGUUAACUAGAGUGAUAGAACUAGGUGCACAGAGCUGAUGGCGUAAGAUAUGGUAGACUUGCGGUCCCCUGAAACUUCCUCCUUGGCGUGACAAACGGAAAACUAGACUAGGCUGGCUGACUGCGGCUCGUCUGUAAAAAAUAACAAGCUGUACCUUUUUACAGAAAAACCAAAUGUUCUUGGCCAUGGUCCAAGAUUGUUAUACAAUGAAAAUAGUGUAUAAAUGUCUGAUGCUCUCUCAGUAAAGUUGCAACAGCUGAAGACACUCUCUCUGUGUCUGUGUCUGUGUUUGACAUCCCGUCUCCGCUCCACGCGUGUCCUCAACAGGGGUCCCUCCGCGGAUCCUUGGAACCUCCAAGAUUGCCGACCGCGGAAGCUGGCGCCCGAACAGGGACCCCCGACACGUGCAUGCUGUUGUAUUCUUGUGCUUUUCCUGUUUGUCUUAUAUCCUCUUGCUUUAGAUCUGCAAUCACUACAGGAGCGGAACGGAUUCACCGAAGGGAACUGCAGUCCCGCCUACGGAGAAGAGGAUGCCGAAUCACCAAUUUGAGUCCCAGACAGACUCAUCAGGCCAGCCAAAGGAAACGGACAUCCGUCCCCCACCCCGAAAGAGGCCGAACCGCCGGAUAAUGUGGAACCUGGCCAAAAAGAUCAAGGCGACUCGCCUGGAGCCGAAAAUGAAACCACGCCAGACGCCGACGUGGACACAGCUUAAAACCCUGACAGCUCAGGCAAAGGAAGUAUUGAAGGCUGCACAUGCCCCGGAAACGGCAACCUUGCUGUUUGUGGCUAUGCUUGCAGUCAUGAGUGCGCCCACCGCUUUAGGGGAAAGUUAUUGGGCUUACUUACCAAAGCCACCCAUAUUACAUCCUGUAAGGUGAUAGGUGUCGGAUCACAUCAAGGUUUUAACCAAUCAAACAUUAGUGAUAGGGGGAUCGCCUGACUUUCACCUUCUAAAGAACAGCUCGGGUUAUGUAGAUUUUGAGGGAAAGUCCGAUUCUCUGCCCAUUUGCUUCUCUUUCUCCCCUUCGGUGCCAGUGGGCUGUUUUCAAGUGGGAAAAGGGGUGUUUAACACAGAUACCCCCACCUUGGACAAUACCAAACCAGAUGGAAAGGGCAAUGGGCGGCGUAUGUGGGAAUUGUGGAUGACCACCGUGGGCGAUAAAGAAGAAAAAAGACAACAUUAUACCACAGCAAAGAAUCUUCCGCCGCGCUACCCCCAUUGCAGAGCAGCAUUUAAAAAGAACGCCCUUUGGGAGGGAGAUGAGAAUGCUUUCCCGCGCUGGCUUCCAUGUGCCUUCCCUGACAAUGGGGUAAGAUUCUCUCCCUUAGGCGCUGCUGGACUUCUCUGGGACUUCUCCAUGUCCUCACCUGAUAAAGAUCAGAGCAAUUAUCUCUCCACCAACUCAAAACUUUAUGGGAACUACGUGCCUCCAGUUGGAAAACCGAUCAAAAGAUGGUAUGAUGCGGGGUGGGUAGAACCGACAUGGUUCUGGGAGCCACUCCACACGGACCUCCCUGAUAGACAGAACAAACCACUGAUAGAACAUCCAGAACUGUUCCGACUGGUUGCUUCUAGUGAGAAACUUUUGCUGAAGAAACCAGGAGCUGCUGAUUAUGAUGCUGUUUCAGUUUCUGCUUGUGUUACCUAUCCCUAUGCAAUAUUAGUAGGAUUGCCACAAUUGAUUAGCAUAGAUAAGGUUGAAUCUAUUUUUAGUAUUAAGUGUACAUCAUGCAAGCUGACUAAUUACAUUGAUUCCACUGUAUCGGGAUCUGUUAUAUUGAUUGUCAGGAGACCUCCUUAUGUUUUGUUACCGGUAGACUUGGGAGAUGAGCCAUGGUUUGAUGAUUCUGCCAUCCAGACUAUUAGGUAUGCUACGGGUUUGAUUAGGACAAAAAGAUUUGUAGCAGCCUUAAUUCUAGGUAUAACCGCUUUGAUAGCUAUUGUUACUUCUUUUGCUGUUUCUACUACUGCUUUGGUUAAGGAAAUGCAGACUGCCACUUUUGUUAAUGAUCUCCAUAAGAAUGUUACCCUUGCAUUAUCAGAACAGAAGAUUAUAGAUUUGAAAUUAGAAACUAGAUUAAAUGCCCUAGAAGAGGUAGUAUUAGAAUUAGGACGAGAUGUUACAAACAUUAAGACUAGGAUGGCCACACGCUGUCACGCUAAUUAUGAUUUUAUUUGUGUGACUCCUUUACCUUAUAAUGCUACAGAAAAAUGGGAAAGGACCAAAGCACAUUUGCUAGGCAUAUGGGAUGAUGAUAACAUUUCUUAUAAUAUUCAGGAAUUGACAUCCUUAAUCACAGAAAUGAGUAAGCAACAUGUAGAUACAGUGGACCUCUCUGGAUUGGCAAGAUCCUUUGCGGAUAGAGUUAAAUCAUUAAAUCCAAUCGAUUGGACACAAUAUUUUAUUUUUAUUGGAGUUGGGAUUUUACUACUUGUUGUUGUACUAAUGAUCUUCCCAAUUGUAUUCCGAUGCUUUGCAGAUUCCAUUGCCCAGGUUCAAGCAGAUCUCAAUUUAGUGCUUUUAAAAAAUAAAAAAGGAGGAGCUGCCGCGCCUGCAGCAGAGAUAAUCGAGCUCCGGGGCAGACAUGAUGACUGAGUGGGAGCCGGUUCGAGGGUUCGCACCACACGUGGUUAAGCCCCCUGCUUUCGUGCGGCAGACUCCAAGAAGAUGUGCACCUGGACUUGCCCCCUGCUGCAAACUUGGCUCUGGGCUGAUGGGCAUCUGGGUCAUGGGAAAGAUCGUAGUCGGCACCUAUUUCUUUACUCUUUCUUUGUUUGAUUCUGAGUAUGAUCUUGGCAAGACAGAGACUUCCUUUAAUAAUAGGAGAGAAGGUCCUGAUCUAUUUUUGAUUACUAAUACCACAAGCUUUCCUGCUUCCUCUUUACAGCAGACAGAGCCUCUGAUGACAGGGACUCCAAGGUUGCAGAUUAUGUCUUCUCUUAUAGAUAAGGAAAUCAAAGAUUUAGCAAAGAAUUAUACUUAUAAGGAUAGUGAUACUUCUUCUAUUAGGGUGUUGGUAGAACUGUUGAGAAAUGAUUCCUUGAGCUUUGGGUCGGCUAUGAAUAUUUUACAGAGUAUAGAAACAGGUGGUGGCAACCAGGUACUUACAGGGGACCAUAUGUGUAUCGACCAAUGGAUGCUCCAUUACCAUAUACUGGAGAAUAUGAUUUGAAUUUUAAUAGGUGGGUUACUAAGGAUGGAUAUAGGGUCAGGUAUUUGUCACUGCCUUGGUCAGAAAGAUUGGCAAGAGCCCGUCCUCCUUGGUGUGUGCUCUCAGAAGAAGAGAAAUGGGAGGAAAGGUCACAGAUCAUCAGAUACUUUAGACAGGGAUCAGACAUGCAAUAUUAUUGCCCCAAGCCUUAGAUGUGCAUCUACAGGACUAGCGAAGAUGGGAUCAAAGGGUUAACUAGAGCGAUAGAACUAGGUGCACAGAGCUGAUGGCGUAAGAUAUGGUAGACUUGCGGUCCCCUGAAACUUCCUCCUUGGCGUGACAAACGGAAAACUAGACUAGGCUGGCUGACUGCGGCUCGUCUGAAAAAAAUAACAAGCUGUAACUUUUUACAGAAAAACCAAAUGUUCUUGGCCAUGGUCCAAGAUUGUUAUACAAUGAAAAUUGUGUAUAAAUGUCUAAUGCUCUCUCAGUAAAGUUGCAACAGCUGAAGACACUC